AGUAAAAGAGGUUGUCAUGCUGUUCUCUAUGUCCAUUCAUACAGACACCAGCAUGAAGGAUCCACAGCUUCCAGGUACCAAAACACUAAAUGUCUGGGCGAAGAGACGUGGGAAAAAAGGCAAGAAUGAGCCAGCGGCCCAACCUGCCCAGAAGGAAGCAGAAACACGCAAGUCUCCAGCGCUGACGCCUGAACAACGAGCGAAGCAGACGGCCUUCGAGAGGGUCCUGUAUGACAUGUCCCACAAUGACCAGGUCAUCAGUGACAUCAUGCUGGGCCGCAGGAUUGCUUUCUACGAUCUCAGAGGAGAAAUAGGCACUGGGAAUUUCUCCCAGGUUAAACUGGGCGUUCACGCUUUGACUAAAGAGCGUGUUGCAGUAAAGAUCCUCAAUAAAGCACGUCUCGACAAGAAGUCACAGAAUCUAUUUACCUCAGAGAUCAUCUGCAUGGAAAAACUCUCCCAUCCGAACAUCGUGCGUCUGUAUGAGGUGCUCGAGACCAGUAAGCAUUUGUACUUAGCAAUGGAGUACGGCAGCGGAGGAGACCUGUUCUCACGCAUCACCAGCAGCGGCCGCCUGACAGACCUGGAGAGCAAGCUCAUCUUCGCCCAGAUCAUCUCAGCCAUCAAAUACAUGCAUGAAAACAACAUCAUCCAUCGCGACCUGAAAGCAGAAAAUAUUUUUUACACCACAUGCUACUGCAUCAAAGUGGGUGACUUUGGUUUCAGUGUUGUCAGUGAGCCGACCGAAACGCUGAACACGUUUUGUGGCUCCCCGCCGUAUGCGGCGCCUGAGCUGUUCAGAGACAAAAGCUACGUGGGCCGUUAUGUGGACAUCUGGGCGCUGGGCGUCCUACUCUACUUCAUGGUGACGGCCACAAUGCCUUUCUUUGCUGACAACUUAGGCCGACUGAAACGCUGCAUCCUGCAGGGGGCGUACAGCAUCCCGCCCUACGUCCCUGAGUCCUGCCAACUGGCCAUCAAAGGCAUGCUGAGACCCGUACCUGUGGACCGGACCACUGUGUCACAGCUGAUGGUAUGCUCCUGGCUGAGGGGCAUCGAAUACCCCAAACCCUAUCCUGCUUUCAGCGCGACGCCCAAUUACCUAGCUGACCCUGCCAAGAGUCUGUGUGUGGAGGAACAGGAAGUGAAGUCGGCCCUGAGCGAGCUGGGCAUCAGUGGCACACACCUGCAGAAUAACACCUGCACUGACUGUCGCAGCCCAAUAACAGGAAUUUAUCGUAUCCUGCUGCACCGCAUCCAGAAGAGGAGAUCCGUGGAAGCGGUAGGAUAUUCCGCCCUGUACCCGGAGGAUUUCAGUAGCAAGAAAUACUGCAGCAACAACACUGCUAAGCACAAUCCUUCUGCAGUGUGUAACGUCUUAUGAACAGUGUGGGGGGUUACGCAUUACAAGUAACUAGUAAAGUAAAGUAAAAAAAAAAAUAUAAAAAGUAACGCAGGUUACUUUGUUUUCCCAUUUAUUGACUGACAAGUCUUCUGUCCCCACAUUGGGAGAAAUCAGAAGUACUGAGGCGUUGUGUGUUCUGUGUGAACAUGAUGUAGUUCUACACUGAAUGUGAAUGUGCAUUAAUUCAU